AUGGUACCAAUACCGGAUAUUAAGUCUCAACUAGAAGAUACCAGAAAUGAUAUAAAGUCAUUGGAAGAGGAAAUUGACAAUCUAUCUGUUGAUAAGAAGUUAUUACUAGAUCAAAUCAAAAAGCUAGAGCAAGGUGGAGACAUCAAUAAUGACGAGCCAUUACUUCAACAUAAGUACUUUGAUGAAAUAGUUCAAGAUUUCUUUCAUGACACGAAGACUAACAAUGAUGAGACUAAUCAUUCAAAGAAGAAACCGAAAAUCAGUUUCAACUCUUUAAAUCUGGCAUUGGUAGAGAAUAUAUAUCGGUUUGGCGGAAUCACUGCAUUCCCUAUAAACAAAUAUCUAUUUGCAGAAGAUAAUCUUGUAUUGGGGUUGAGAUUUGAUAUUUAUUCAAUAAAUAAGUUUGAAGUUCCACAUUAUAUUAUACUAAGAAAAGAGCAAAAUGUAAAGGGUACAACGCAGGGAGAUGGGAUGAACGCCGGAACAUGGCACAUAUUCAAACAUACCUUGCCAGUGUUCAUUCCAAUACGACAGUACGAACAAGAGCAUCUUCUUCAGAAUAAAUUGAUUCAAUUUGUCAAAUCUGUUCGCAUUGAUCUUAUCAAACUACAAUACAGGCAUAACAAAUUUGACUUAGUUCUGAAAGGGUUGGGAUUCAGGCUUGAAAAGGAUUUACAGUGCCAAAGGGUUAAGCUCAAAUACAAUGAUACCGAAUUGUCACUCUUUUGUUCACAAGAUUACAUCGAAGAAGUGGACGUAGCUAGUAAUUCUGGCAAAAGAAAGAUUAUUGAGAGUAUAGUAAGGAAUAGUCAAAUCAAAGACUUAUUGAAAACAUUCAGAAGGGUAAAAGAGGAAGUAUAA